UCAAAAAAUAAACACCACACAGGAUGUAGCCUACAUGUAAAUUAGGAAGUACCUGUAUAAUUCUCUGAACUGUCUUGUAUUUCAUGAUUUUUAGUGGCAAUUCUAGGUUGUUGGUAUCAGUUAUGUUGUGGUUACUGAUUCAAUGUGAGUGCCGCUUCAACAACUCAACAAAACAUUGCAACACUGCCGGUGCAGAGCCCAAUUGCAAUUCCCCCACCUGUUCUGAUCAACCACCGGCAAGCUGACUCAGUGACUGUGUCAGUGUCAGUAGACGGUUAAAAAAAACUUGAUCAGCAUGGAUUGGUUGCAGACAGCAGAGAUCACCCACAUACAGAAACUUCAACAUGUCUUCGGAGAUUAUUCUGAGAUAAUGUUGUUUUUGUCGCAGCUUGGCGACCCGCGUAGUGCCUUCUUGGUGUGUGUGCCUUUGGUUUAUUGUGUCAGUCGAGCCAAAGGUUUGAAGGUGAUGUGGGCUGCUGUCAUGUCGGAAUGGCUCAAUCUUAUCUUGAAGAAGUUACUGCAUGGCCAACGACCCUAUUGGUGGAUUCAUUUCAGUAAUUUAUUCAACGAUUCCAACCGGCCAAUCAUCAAGCAGUAUCGACUGACAUGUGAGACUGGGCCAGGCGUACCCUCUGGUCAUGCAAUGGUCACCACGGCAGUUUGGUUCAUCAUGAUGUCAUCCUUAGCAACAUACCUCCAAUCCGCCAAUCAGAAGAGUCGUACUACAAAGUUAUUGAGUCUUCUCCCAUGGCUGUUCCUGUCUGGACUGGCUUCUGUUGUGUGUGUAUCUAGGGUGUUUAUCGCAUCACAUUUCACACACCAAGUAUUCCUGGGCGUUUUUGUAGGUCUUGUUGUUGGACUUCUUGUUGCCAAACUCCCAGUAGAAACCUUCGCAACCUCCACCCACUUAGCCUUUGCAUUCAGCACCGUCUUAGUAACCUUCAUCCAAAAUGGUCUUCUGAUAGCCAUGGAUAGUGACCCCGCUUGGUCGAUACCCCUCGCUCUCCGAUGGUGCGAUCACAAAGAGUGGGUACAUCUGGACACGACGCCGUUUUACACCCUGGCACGGGAUUUCGGGAGCCUGGCCCUGAUGGUCGUGGCCGAGAGAGCAGUUGCACUCAAAGAGAUCCCCAGUGUCCUUCGUAAGAUCGUAGCGGCGGGGAUGUGUCUGGUGUUUGCGCAGGUUGCUGAGCUUGUCAAAUUCUCUGUUGUUGAUGUCAAUGUCUUUUACUUACUGGGAGCUGUGAAGUAUGGUUUAAUCAUGGUUGGAGUUGUUGUUAUAAAACGCCUUUGGUGUUGUGGCGUUAAAGACAAAAAAUGCUGACAGCCCGAAUAACAUCUUUUAAAAUCAUUGCUGUGUAGCCCCUGCUCACAUACAUGAUUCGAACUGCGAACUGCCUCUAGCCAAAAGGCUAGCUUGGUGUUCUGGGGCCAAUUUCAUAGAGCUGCUUAAGCAA